CAGAGCCCUCAGGCCGUGUCGAUCACCAUGCUAUCGAUGAAGACGACGAAGCUGAGGUCAUUGAGGUCAUUGAUGAGGAUGACAGCAUCCCCUUCUCCGAUUCUCUACCCACGUCCACACCAAGCGUACUCUCAAGGGGGCGAAAGAGGCGCCCUUCCCUUCUGACUGCCCUGAAGGAUCGCUUGCCUAGCAAGGGUCGGGCCGAAAGAAGUAGAAAGUACAGCACAUCAGCCGUGUCUCCGCAGGAGAGGCCAGAAAUUUUGUCACUCAAGAUGGAGUGGCCCUUGAGUGCGUACGCUUGCGUAUAUCUGACGGCGAAAAGCUUGACCUGACGCUCCCUCGCUUGUUCAGACUAUCCAGGGUAUAAUGGGCCCCGCGGACAGCUCGCCCCUUCUGAUCGUCGGGUGGGAGAUAUGGCGAGCCUGGUAUGCUAUCGCGAAAUUCUCGACGGCAAGUGCAACGAGGCUACGGCAGAGGAUGACGACUUCGUGAGCGAGGCCCUGGCUCACAUGGGCCUGCUGCCAAGAGACGCUAGGAACGGCACUAAUCCUGCUUCAGGAAAGGCAAGUACGAACAGCCCCCCUAUGUCGAAUGGUAUGAUCAAUGGCACCAGCCUUGGCAGCAGGCGUGGCUCCUCCUCCACUUCGACGCACCGUACGACCAGCUCCUCUUCUCCCUCCUCCUGCUCAUCCGAGCAAAGGCGCCUAGGUCGCGUCCUAUUUACGACGCGAUGCCUGCGUCCGUCUUGCACCACCUGUUCUGGGCUAUACGAGGCACCGAUCGAGAUCAUCGAUGAGGAGGGACACAAAUCGGAGUGGACUGCUGAGCCCACUGCAAUUAGGAGUAAGGCUGGCAAGAGUAGUGGAAAAGUGAUGAAUCGCUGGGCUAUCCACAGCGAUGCGCUUCAGGAUCGAGAGGUCGAUGAGCGUACGAGAGAAGACUGGCAGGAUGGGCCACAAGCGCUUCAUCGUAGUCCUCCUGCUCUCUCGUUGGUGGAGCCCUGUCCCACCUCACCCGCUCCGGCCGCUCCCUCAAGCCGAUGCUUUUCCCCCUUCUCGACCCGCCUCACCCCCCAAGACCUGACGCAUACGAAUCUCUCCCUCGGAGGGCCGCAGGGGCAAGUCUAUCUCCUCCGACACGAGACUCUCGCCUUCACGCAUCGAGUACUCCGACUGCUCUACAACCCGCCCUCGCGUUCGGCGAGCAAGGCGUACUUGGAACUGGCUCACUUUGUGUUUUCAGACUGUACGCUGCAGAUCGAUCUGGAGAGAUGCAGACGAGCGAGGACUGAUCUGGCUUUUGUGGUUGGGGCGAUUGAGGCGGGCUUGGCUGUUCGGGAGGAGGGGAAGGGAGGCAGAAGUCAGGGAAGGGAUGAGUGGGGACGGUUGGCUGGGGCAACGCCAGGUGGCGAGGGUGGUGUUGGACUGUUCUCGAGGCUAUUUUCCUCUGACUGACAAAGAUCACCCCUAUAGCAGCUGGACUGUCUCUCU